AUGGCUUUUUGAAAUUUUCUGGUUGGAAAUUGCUGGAUGCUCAACAUACAUGGGUGAACAAGAGUAUGAAUCUACAGGAAUGUAGGGCUAAAUGUCUGAGAAAUUGUUCCUGUACGACUCAUACAAACUCAGAUAUCAGAGGCGAAGGCAGUGGCUGCGUCGUCUGGUUUGGAGAUCUUUAUGAUAUUCGACAAUUUCCUUCCAGCGGACAAGAUCUAUUUGUUCGACUGUCAGCUUCAGAAAUAGGAAAAGCAAGAGCUGAUCUUAAGGUGAAGAGAGCAGUGAUAAUUAUAGCUAUUUUGAUUGGAUUAGCUUGUGGGAUGAUUUUAAUUGGCUUUUACAUUUGCAAGUGGAGAGCAUUUUAUGGUAAGAGUCUCUACCCUUACUUCAUUCAUCUAUUAAUGUAAUAUUUUAGCUGAGUAAUAUUUUGACCUUGCAAAUCCAAGAAGUAUAUGGUCUAUAAAGAAAUUGACAAGUUUUUAUUCUAACAAAGUAACAAUUGCCAUUGAGGGUUAGCCAACAUUCAUGGCAUAACAUUAAAAUUCAUUUGAA